AAGUGUUGCUGCGUUUUACGUCUGACUUGACGCCGGUCUGUGCCGCUCUGUCGGCAGUCGGUCGUACCGGAGAAACCGAAGCGCUGGAUUCAAGUGUUUAACCCGGUUCUCCGUGGCUCUGAGACACUCAGUUCCUGCAGACUGCAGGGAUGGGCCGUGUUCUGGAUGGCUGACGGAAAGGGAAGCGGACCAAUCACAUGAUAAGAUGCUGGCUCGUAACCGCUUCCUCCUCCUGGUGGUGGUGGGCGGGGCCGCGCUGGCCAUCAUCAGUCUGAGCCUCCAGUUCUUGAACCUGAUCCCCACCACCCCCAUAGUGGAGGAGCGACCCUUCCAGGCUGCAGAUGGAGGUGUUGGCGUGGGUCUGGGGAAGAGCAGAAAGAGAGUGUUCCCGGUGCCUCACACCCAGGAACCCAACCCCAUAUCUGAGGCUUAUGGCUACUGCAACACUCCCAACCGCACCGAACAGGCCUGGGAGGGUCACAGUCCUGCUGACUUCAAGCUGCUGUCUGUCCAAGUGAUGAUUCGCCAUGGUGACCGCUACCCACUCUACUCCAUCCCCAAGACCAAACGGCCCGCCAUCGACUGCACCUUGUCCAUCAGCAGGAAGCCUUCCCACCCCCUGCUGAACUCCUUCAUCAGCCACAUGGGCCUGGGAGGACGUGGCCAUUGGGAGUCACCACUGAGCUCUGUUCCCCGUCUGCCCAACCACAGUGUCUGUGAGAUGGGAGAACUCACGCAGACAGGUGUGGUGCAGCACCUGCGCAACGGCCAGCUCCUCUACCAAGCCUACAAGCGUCACAAUCUCCUCCCCUCCGACUGGUCGCCCCGCCAGGUGUGGAUUGAGACCACAGGUAAGAGCCGCACUCUGCAGAGCGGUCUGGCCUUCCUGUACGGCCUUCUCCCAGACUUUGAUUGGUCGAAACUAACCGUGCGGCACCAAUGGAGCACGUUGUUCUGUGGGUCGGCCUGCGACUGCCCCGCCAGGAACAGAUACCUGGAGGAAGAGCAGAGGAGGCAGUAUCGGCUCAGAGUGAGUGAUACUGAACUCGAGAGGACUUACGCCGAUAUGGCACGGACUUUGGGUCUGCUCACCCGCCAGCUCCGAGCUGCAAACCCUAUAGACUCCCUGCUGUGCCACCUGUGCCACGGCAUUUCUUUCCCAUGCGUUCCCAUAGGAGAUAGUGGCACCAGGGGAUGUCUGACAAUGGCACAGUUUGCUGUGAUUCGUCGACAGCAGCUAGAUGAUGAGGUGGAUCGGAGAAGAGUGGGACUGUACCAUAAAUACGCCAUUUUGGCAAUGUACCCCUACCUUAACCGAACUGCCACCAAGAUGGAGCGCGUUGCUAGGGACAACGAGGCUGGCCGACAGCCUCGUGCAGGGGGCGAGGAGGUCUUCACCCUGUCUUCAGCCCACGAUGUUACCAUGGCCCCGUUGCUGAGCGCACUGGGGCUGGAGCAGGCCCGUUUUCCGCGUUUUGCAGCAAGAGUAGUCUUUGAACUGUGGAAAAGUCCACCAGCGAUGCAAGGACAGCCGAAGAAGAAAGCUGGCAAAGGUGAGAAGUCGAAGGCGAAAGACAGGGAGCUGUUCAUCAGGGUGCUGUACAACGGAGAGGAUGUGACAUUUCACACCACCUUCUGUCGCUCCCAUGACCGCCACGCCAGUCAGCCCCUCUGCCCUCUGAAGAACUUCCUGUCUUUUGUCAGGAGAGACAUGUUCAGUGUUGUCAACGCUACUUCCUACCAGGAGGCCUGCUACAGGCGCCCCGGUUGACAGAUGGACAGAUGGAGAGGAGGGUGACUGAGGAAGGAUGCAGCGUUGGCAGAUGGUUUCCUUGUUUUUUUUUAGAUGUUUUCCACUUUUGAAGAUGGUGCACUUUUAUGCUGCUCAUAGUGUCUUAAAAUUCCACAUAUUUUUUAAUAUAGUCCCGGACAUUCCUGAGCACAAAGUGAGCGGCAUACACUCACAAUACUGCACAUCAUAUCUUGGUCAGAGGUCUUCACUAUCUAACCUUCCUACAAACUUCUUUUUUCAAACUUCUUUUUUUGUUUAUUGUAUGUUUUCUCAAGCAUAUCUGAAAGAGAUGAGUAAUUCAAGGGAAGCUGUAUGGCACUUAGCCACUUUACGCCUACAUUCCAUAAUACCAUGGAAUUGUAAAAUUCCAGUAUUCCCAAAUGCUUGCAAGAAAAGGGAAUAUUGAAGCUGGAAAUAUUAUGCUGGAUUAAUCAUUCCUGGAAAAUAUUUUGUGCAUAAUAAAUCUUUUCAAUGAAAAUUACACUUUGGCCUAGUUUGGCCUACAUUUCUCAGUAUGACUAAUUUGUCACUUAGCAUUUCUUUUAAUUGUAAUGUUUAUUCAGUAGGUUGUGUAAUGGUUGGGGUUGUUUCCAUUUUGACACUACUACUUUGUUUUCUUUGUUUUAGUAAAAUUGACUGCGGUACUUUGAAAGUGUUUUUUUCUCCAUUAAUUUACAACUACAGUACGUACAUCUGUAUUUAUAUUAAUUGGUGAUAUAACCGAUCACAUUCCACUUAUUGUUUUUGCUUGUUGGAAAACUGAAUUUAAUAAAGGUUCUUUAUGAGCAGAUAUUCUUA